UCUCUCUCUCUGACUCUGUAACUCUGUCUCUCUCAACUCGCCGACUUUCCAUCCCAAAGCGCCACAACUCCAGGCUCCACGACUCUAACCAUGACUUGCCACCUGCUUGGUCUGCUCCUCGUGUCGUUGCUGUUCGUAAGCGGAGGGCACAGCAUAAAAUGCUACUCAUGCAGGCCGACCUCCAACAAUACGGUGUGCAACGAGGGCGGCCCAAUUCAGUGUUCCGACAGCUCGCAUAACGCCUGCGGGUCAAUAGUCGCCUACGAGGGCUCCACCUUCUUCAUCACCAAGAAGUGCUACAACAUGGCCGAAUGCAAAGCCCUCGACAUAAUGGACGUCAUCUCCAACGGACACGCGAUUAUCACGUGCUGCCAGUGGGAUGGCUGCAACUACAACGCCGCUCCUCGCCAGCUAGGCGCAGCUCACGUGACCCUGGCCCUGCUGGGCGUGGCCACCAGCGUCGUGGUCAGCAGGGCUCUGGUGUAGGUCGUGACGUCACAGCCGCCCCUCCCCCGCCCCCACGUGCCUGGGUUCGGUCCAAUCACUUUCCCCUUCCACUCGGUUGUCUCACAACGCUUCCACUAGGGGAGCUGUGCAACGUUUAAAUCGUCUAGAUCAGGGGUCGGCAACCAAAAUAACAAGAAGAGCCAUUUCUUUCCAAUUCGGUACAAAAUUCAGUAUUUCAAGAGCCGCAAUGCAUCUGAGUACAUACUGUACAUACGUACAUAUCGUCAAGAAGCAGCCCGUAAAGAGCCGCAUGCGGCUCCGGAGCCGUAGGUUGCCGACCCCUGGUCUAGAUUGUUGCGAUACGCUGCUAAAUAAGUUCAACGUACGUUUGUACAUACAUAGAGACAAGUAGACUCGUCACGCAGAUACCCAUAGACUCACCACAUAGAGACCCAUAGACUCAUCAUACAGAGACCCAUAGACUCAAUACACAGAUACCCAAGUGGGGAAUGAUAUACCAUCAUUUAUCGAGAGCCAGACAGUUGAUUCUGUAUGGCAGAGGAGAAUGGAAAGGUUUUUAACCUGGACUGGGAACAGGUCAUGCAGGGUGUUCAGAGCGUGUGCGGAUGAUUGGGGGGUGAAAGGAAAUCCUAUACUCAAGGGUGGGGUGGUGGGUGGGGUAGCAGAUUUGUGUGACCCUUACCAAUGGCAUGUGCAAGGUUCCACUCGAUUUGCCGAAUGGGAUGCGCUUCUCGAACAUCUAAAAAAAUUAACCCGUAAAAACAAAGUUUUUCACUAUAAAUCCUUUAUAUGUAAGAUCACCUCUUGACAUGCCCGUAUAUUCCCGAGGGCACUAGCGUUGACCCGUUUUACCACUUUCAAGAACCUGGCGGCUUCAAUUUAACUGCUCUAUAAAUAGUCUCCAUUGUACAGCGUGGGAGCAGGGAUUUCAUGCCAUGUGGUUAGUCAACAUUUGCGUCAUCAUGAAACGGGCGGCGAGAGUCUUCUCGUCCUCUGGCUUGAGAUGGCUGCCACCUAUGGGUCAGAUGAUUGUCUGCCACCAUUAAGCAAUUGGUAUAUAAAUAAUUUUAAAAAAAUUCCCUAAACAGUGUAAAAUUUUGGAAUUUUUUUUUCACGAAAAUGUAUUGUCACGCACAAUGAGUCUGUGUGCAAAAUGUCAGCUCGAUUGGAUCACGGGAAGUGGGUUAAAAAACGACCUAAAGAUUUGCACGGUCGUAAGCAAGCAAGCAAGCACGCAAGCACGCAAGCAAGCAAGCAAGUGAACUUAAUAUAAAGGAUUUAAAAACAGACUCACGCGCGUAAAACUAAAUUUGUAAUUCGCAAUGGCUUUACCCAUUUGGUUUAAUACUAAAACUUGUGGGAAUUGUAUCGGACAGUCAUUCCAACUCGGGAAAAAAAAAUUGCAAUACAUCUUUGCCACUUUUUAGGAUGCAAAAAAAGUGUAAUAACAUUAUUUUAAAAAACCUGAAUAUUACAACAAUUUAAUAAUAACAAUACAUUUGAAAGAACUAUUAAAAAAACAAAUUGCUGCAUGUUGGAAUGACCGGAGAUGGUGAGAGCUACCCCAGGUCAGUAGUGGGGCCUUACACCUGGUUAAAAUAUUAAAUAAAUGGUUUCGUUUUACUCGAAAAACAAAACAGCAGUCUGUCAUUUCUAAAUCGCGUUCACGCAAAACUUCGUAAAUCGAAACGUUCGUGAAUCGAGGGAUAUCGCCUGUACCUGAGUACAAUGCUUCUACCUCUCGUUCUAUU